CUUGUCUCUUCUUCUACCUCUUCUGCCUCUCCUGCCUCUCCUGUCUUUCUGUCUUUUAGCAUCGGAUCCACGCAAAUCUUCAAUGCUCUCGAAGGGGAUCCACCACUCACCAGGAUAUCCUCAUUUCUAUUACAGGCAGCUCAGUGGCUCUUGCGCACGCCGCUGGAAUCUCCCGUCAUCCUCAUCACCAUCGUCUCCGUCCGAUCUAGCCAAACUGGACGAUUUUCGCCGGCCUAGGUCCGUAGCGCCUCAGAGUACAGCAGCUCCCACACCCGCCAUUUCAGCUUGGUCUGCUGGUAUCCCACACCCUGGCUCCGCGUACAACGCUCCUGGAAGCCUGAGAUCGAGCAUCAGCACAAACGAGGGACAGCACAAUCUGCCCGUGUUGCACACCAUUCCUAGCAUCGGCAGAACGCCAUUCCCGUCCGAGCUGGUCCCGCCCGACAGUGAGCCGAGGGGACUCCCUGCAACCGGACUACUGCGCAGCAGAAACCCCGAACAAGCCAGUUUUGACACUCCACGAGCCUUGCGAGACUCAUCACAAUCGAUGCAUCCCGGAUCAGUAGCCUAUCUGACUUCAAACAUGGCACAUAAUUCACAGAACUAUGGCUGGCAAAAUCGGCUGCCUCAGCCUCUUCAUCCCUCCUCUAUGUCAAUGGACCAGCAUCCAUUUCCCCCAGCCCAAGUUCUUCCGCCACAUCCCGGUUAUUCAGCUGGCUAUCCCCCGCAGCCUUCCGGUUCUCAGGGUUAUUAUCAACCAGGGCUUCCUUCCGCACAAUAUCUGAUGCCACAGAGCCGGCAACAACCUCGAAGUACCUCUAUGCCAUAUUCAUAUCCCAGCAGUUCCGUCUCGGGCAGCCCGCCAUCGAUUCCAGAUCCAGCAUUCGCUCCAGCGCCAUCGUCCUACCUUGCAAAUCAACCGGACUACUACAUGGCACCGAGCUCUUCACUAUCCAGACAAACCCCUAACUCGAUACCACACCCCCAAGGUCUUAUGCCUACAGGGACAGUUUACUCGUCGCCUGAGUCCGCGCAAAACUCUUCGGAUCCGGAACAACAAGUUCGUGUUAUCAGCUUUCGACCAAAGCCGCAGUGCUGGGACCACGGAUGCAACGGCCGCGAAUUCUCCACAUUUAGCAACCUCCUACGCCACCAGAGAGAGAAAUCGGGCGUUGUGGCGAAGGCAGAAUGUCCCAGCUGCGGUGCCGUCUUUACUCGGACCACAGCCCGAAACAUCCACGUCGCUCAGGGGAAGUGUAAGGGCAUUGCACGUGAGCCGUCGGCUGAGUGAAGUCUUGGGGCGCCUUUUUCUUACCAUUCUUACCACGCGCCAAAAAAAAAAAGCAUACAGCAGACCCUUUUCUUAGACCACGAUUACAAGGACCUGUCCUCAAAGCACAGAUCUACAGUUGUCGAAGGCACAGCCGCAGGAAAGCUGUCGUCAAUUACACACCAGAUCACUCUACGCGAGAUCACGGGUGUAGCUCGGCCAAGGCACCUGCCAAUACGAUAUCUGGCUGGGCGAAUGACCCAAGCCAGUCUGGGCGUGAGGGGUACGCUGGAUCUACCAAUAG